ACUACCACAGAAAUAAGUCAGAUCGGCCAAUCCUCUGGAUCUAUGGUAUGAUACUAUAGACUACAUAGAUCGCCGUUACCCUUGUCCCGCUUCCUUUCUGCACUUCUUUACCACCAUUCCUUCUUCCCUCCCGCCCAAUACCUUACCCGUACCAUAUCGCACCACGCUUUUCAGCACAUUCCCAUCGACGCUCGCUCAGCCAUGGCCAUCGACUCACCCGACCAAACGCAUUCUCAACCGGCUACACCGCUAGCAGUUAUACUGCCCACUGGGCCCUUAGAGCAUGUAGUACCCACAUUGCUCGUCCCCCCUUCCCCGGUCCGCACCACAACCCUAACAAUCCCUGUUUCCUGCCCAACCCAGCCGACCCCUCCCAAACCCACACAUCCAGAAAAGCCACUCCUCCCCCGGGAUAGUUUGAGCCGUCGAGAAGCUCUUCUUCGUGGUAAUGUAGGGUCGCGUCGUCGUCAACGAUGGGAAAACGACCGUUUGUUAUCGAAUCCCCAUGCAAUCCCACCCACCACGUUAGAUUGGGAAGUACGUCCUCUCCAUCCUCGCCGCCACGUCCCGUAUGAAUUCGCCUCGCUUUACGAUCACCCCAAAUUCCUCCAUAAAGGGAACGCUGCCGCAAACCACCAGGUAGCCGAGAAGAUGCCAAGGGAACUGAAGGUGCGGAUGAAGAAGACUCGGGGCGCCGUUGGACUACUUAAAUCGCUGGAAGAGGAAGUGAGGAAGUUUGUCCUUGGAGAGCAGGAAGAGGAGAAGGCUAGAGAAGAGGGAGGGGAGGGCGAUCCAGUGGACGAUGAAUCAGACGAAGAAAUUGUGUUCAUCAGCAAGCGGGCCAAGCAACUCCAACUCAAGAGUGAGAAGGUCUUGUUUGAGAGCUCAGUCAGCGAUCCUGGGGCUUCAUUCGGACGCUGGCUGGUCCACUCAAUCGCAGCGUACUAUGGUCUCAAAAGCUGGAGCAUCACCACUGGUAACCCAGCGAAGAGGAUUGCCUAUGUAGGGCUCAAGAAGGAUCCUAAGAACUCCGCCCUGGCUGUCAAGGGGAUGCCAAAACCAUUAUGGUUGAUGCUCUAAUCAUCUAGCUGCGGUUUCUUUUCAUAUUAUCAUACAUGGUGUUGGAGGGUCACCAGCCUAAACGCUGGUCCGGCCAACGCGGUAAUUGGGUGCACAUGUUCUCUGCCACUCACCCAUUGUAGUUAGAUAUUCCUGUGAUACUUACAUUACGCUUUUACACAAGGCUGAAAGUUAUGAUACCA